ACAUUAUCGUCAAUGGCGCUAGAUAAUGGGGGAAGUCGAACAAGUUGCAUGUGCUGUUCAUAAGAUCUGUUCUAAUUUAUAAUUAAUUUCGUCGUCGUCGUUGUUGUCUUGUCGUGGCAGCUAGACAAUGGGGCAACGAUUCAGUGCUUGGUUUAUGAAUCCAUUUUGCAAAUCGAUCAACAAUAAUGUUAAAAACGAAAAAGCUCUACUGUUCGACUCAAUGACUCAGCUUCGUGAAACGCUUGACCGGGAUUUAGUUAUUUGCGAAAUCGGCGCUAGAAGUGGGGUGAAUUAUAAACAUUAUCCACCCAGAUCAAAGCUGAUUUGUGUGGAGCCCAACCAGUACAGUAGGAGUUAUUUAGAAGAAAAUAUCCGCACAACAAACCCAAGUCUUACGUUAAAGGAUUUUGUCUGCGGUUUCGCAGAAAGCAUGCCAGGAAUCGACAACGAGUGUGUUGACGCGGUUGUCUGCACUCUGGUUUUGUGUUGUGUGAAAAACCAGAAGGAAGUUUUGUCGGAGGUUUUACGAAUAUUAAGACCGGAUGGUCAGUUUUAUUUCAUGGAACAUGUAGCAGACCAGCCAGGAACAUUUCGACGGAAGAUGCAGAAUACGUUUACACCGGCGUGGAAGUUGCUGACCGGGAACUGUCAUUUAAACAACAACGCACGUGCAGUUUUGCAAGACGCUGGCUUUAAGUCCGUUCGUACCACCGACUUCACGUAUCGGUCCAUGCUCUGGUUAAUCAGACCGUGGAUGUUUGGGGUGGCCACCAAAUAAUAACAUUUAAAAAAUCGAAACUUUACCUUUUGUAAUGCCUUUACGUAGGCCUUUCUUAACGUAAAGGCAUUAUAUUAUUAUUACAGAAAUGAAGAUUAAAUUGACUUGUCUUUACAUAAAUUGAAGGUUACUAACUUGGAAUCUUUUCUUUAAUUUUUUUUUUAAACCUAUAGGCCUAGUCCGUCCCUAGUCCGAGUACUCUGACUGUAAAUGAGCUAGACGGAUAUUUGGACAUAAAUACGUUCUUAUUACAGUCCGAGACCAAGCUAUGCAAUAUUUUGCCAAUCGCCGACCACCACACAGUAGUCAAAGAUUUCCGCUCUAAUACCACAACAAUCCUAUGUUUGACAUCAAAUACCUUUACAUCGAGUUAAUUGAUUUUUAAAAAAUCCACAUAUUAAUCACUAAUACACACACUACAGAAAGAAAUUCGACAGUACCCACAUUCAGCUAAACUUCGUGACACUCCGUCGCAAGAAUUACAAAGCUCGAUGACCUAUAUCGUGACGUAGGUCACGUAAUUGCCCACUGGGUGAUUCCACCUUGUGCAACAGUUACAGGGGCCGUCUCAUACCAAAACUACUUUUGUGUGCAAUUUAGAAAACAAUCGGCUCAGAAAUAAAUAGCUUGUAGUAAAUUCCAUAGUAUGAAAAAAGGUAUUCUCUGUGGGAAGGACUAUAAUUGUUUUCAUGAAUUUACAUUUAAUAUUUUAUAAUCCGGUGAUAUAUGUUUUAAUAGCUAGUGUCCUCUAGCCAUAUGGGACAGUGCACAUCAGAGAGGAAGAGGGGGUUGCGAAAGGGGUGGAGAGAGAGACUGUCACAGAGAAGUAGCUGAAAGAAAUAUGAGAGAGAGAGAGAGAGAGAGAGAGAGAGAGAGAGAGAGAGAGAGAGAGAGAGAGAGAGAGCGAAUGAUAUCCACUUGUUCAGUGAUAAUGUGAUACGGGACAGAAAGAAGCUGUAUGUAAAGCCAAUAUAUUUUGUACUACUUUUAUAAUGUAACUUAUACACAGAGAGCUUAUAAGCAGUACUGUAUUUUCAAAAAAGGUUGUGGAGGGAGAUUGUAUACCGGGCAGAUAUUUUAUCAAACAGUGAAUAAAUCGGCUACUGAUACACACGUGCACACACACCUACACACUCAGUCUCGCACACACAAUAUCAUACACGCACGCACACGUGCACUCUUACAUGUACAUAAAUGGAUUUGGGAUAUGUAACGGUUGUAUGAUAAUUAAUUUACUGAGUAUAUUGUUACCAUUUUAGAUGAUAGAUUGCAUUUGUUAUACCUUAAUAAACUAUUAAUUGAUGUGAAAUUUUAAUUAUAACAUACCACGUACUCAAGAAAAUUAAUAAAAUUUGAAAUAAAUAAUGUACAUGUACUAAUAUUAUUAUUA